GAGCAGCAGUGGGUGGAGGAAGAGGAGGAAGAGGAGGAAGAGGAAGUUUUUGAGGACACCUUGGGAAAAGGCAGCAACGCCACUGGCAACGUUGCCAACUACGCAGCAGAAGCUCCGCUCAACCUAGAUGUCAAGGGUGGCAAGGGCGAAAAGGAGAAAGGCGGCGGAAAGGGAAGGGCCAAGGGAAAGGGCAAGAAGGGCAAAGGAGCCAACGAUGCUCACCAGUGGAAUUUCAAGGGUGGCAAAAAUGCCAAAGGAAAGGGCGGCAAGAAGGGCCUCGAUUCCCGUGUGGCACCAUGUGGCACCACAGCUAACUCGGUCGAGCUGACCGAAUGCGGUGCUGUUUCCAAGUUACGUGUGGCCAGCAAUGGAGCGGCUAAAAGGCGUGUGGACCCCGUGGAUGAGCCAGGCAACAUCCGAUUGGACAGUCAAGCAGGUGACGAUGGCCCGGCCAUGCGUGCAGAUGCUGCAGCUUUCUUGCCGGGAAAGGGCUACGUCAAGGAGACACCUGAGGCGGCAUACAUCGAUUCCCUGCAUGAAGAGAUUCGCCGUCCGGACGCGCAGAUACGUAGCUUGGAG